AUGAAGAAUGACAAUGAUGUCGAAGCAAACUGUCAGCUCUGUUUUCCGAUCAUAAAGAAAAUUAGCGGGAGUCUUAAUUCAUCAUCUAACUUCAUCAGACAUAUAAAAAGAGUUCAUCCUGAAAAACUAGAAGAGUAUAAGCGGUAUAAACAAUCUAAGAGAAAUUCGAAAUUAAACAAAAGAUGCCACACUAUAACUGAUCCUGAAGGACCAUCGACGGCAUCGACUAGUGCCAGUAGCCAUAAGCAACCUAGACUAAUGCAGACACUUCUAGGCAGCGGAAACGUUAGGGUUGACCAAGCUAAUUUUGAAAAACGGGUGGUAAAUUUUAUUUUAGAAAAAAUAGUUAGAACAAUUACAGAUAAUGGAAGCAACUUCGUUAAAGCAUUUGAACAAUACCACAUAACCAAUGAUGAAGAGGAAGCGAUAAAUGCAGAUGAUAUAUUUCAGGUAAUAAAUAUAAAUGAAGAGAAAGACACGGAACUUUUGGAGAAUGACGAUAUGGAUGUCGAUUCAGCUGAACAGUUCACUUUACCGAAACAUUUCCGAUGUGCCAGCCAUACACUAAAUUUAAUAGCCACAACGGAUUACAAAAAUUUAAUUAAAGAAAAUGCAGUUCUGCGAAAGCGCCAUACUGCAGCAUUUCAAAAAUGUAACCUGCUUUGGAAUAAAGCUAAUAGACCAAAAUCAAAUGAAAUUAUUCAGAACAUUUUAGGGCACACACUUAGCCGUCCAGGUAUUACUCGAUGGAAUUCACUUUAUGAUUCUGUAAAGCAAAUUCUAAAAGAAAAGGUCAAGCUCAAUACACUUUUUAAGAAACUGGAACUGGAACCAUUUAAAGGGACUGAACUUUUAUUUUUAGAAGAUUAUUGUAUGGUAAUGGAACCUCUAGCCCAUACAUUGGAUUUUCUUCAAGGAGAGCACGCGAACAACUCAUUUUUUGGGUUCUUGUUACCGAGUUUAUUAUCUCUAAUAAAUAAAUAUGAAAAAAAAAGUAGCGGUCCGUACCACAUACAAAUAUGGAGGUGAAUACAUAGCCAAAAUGUGCCUCGACAACCUGAGAAGAAGAUUUGCUGACAUACUGUCGCUUAAUUGUAAAGAAGUCGUAAUUGCAGCCGUUUUAAUUCCUCAAUUUAAAUUCAGAUGGUAUAAUAUCGUAAAGUAUCCUACAUAUACUAAAGAGGAUAUAAAAAAGUUUAUUAUAGACGCAGCUAGAGACUUAGACGAUUCAAACUAUGAUUUCUUAUCAGAUGAGAGUGACACAACCAAUUUAGACCAAUUCUUUGA